AUGGAAGGCGUGAGACACACUCAACAACAGCAACCCCCAGGGUGGGCAGGUGGUGACGAGUGGGAGGAGCAUCGAGGGAGAAUCCAGGAGCUUUACCAGAGCCAAAACCUAUCGUUGAAGGAAGUGAUAAGGAUCAUGGAAGAGCGUCAUGGAUUUCGGGCGACACAACGGAUGUACAAGACACGGAUCAAGACCUGGGGACUGGACAAGAACUUCAAGGAGUCGGAAGUUGUUGAGCUCUUCCGGUUGAGACGUGAGAGGGAGAAGCUCGGAAAGCCAGCAACUUACAAGAUACGCGGCCGCGAGAUCGACUGGGACCGAGUCAAUAGCUACGUCAAACGGAAAGGGCUGGACAUCACCCGGUUGCUAGAGACUGACCGGCCCCACAGUCCGGCAGUAGCGAGUGAGAUAACUUGCCGGACUCCGUCCCCCCUCUCAGAGAAUAAUCGGCAUUACCAACAUGAGCCAUCGGCCAGCACUCCGUCACUCUCUUCAUCGGCCGGAUCAGAUCACUACACCCACAAUGUGCCGCCAUUCACAAGACCGAUGACCGCCUCAUCAGCCUCCAUCAUGGCCGGGAUGGAUCCCCGAACUACUAGCUCAACACCAUAUCCCGCAUAUACACAGCCCUCUUCUCCUACUCAGACCCUUCGACCGGCAGUCAACCUGGGUCACUCCGCAACCCUCCCCUCCCUCGGACACUCCGUCACCAUCCAUUCUUUCCAAAAGUUUCUGACCCGAAUCUACGAGACUCUCCUCUACGAAGACAACGACAAGACUUGGGGCACAACACAAUACUGGCUAGGGUCCUCGCACGCAUUAGAAUGGCUGAUGACGAUCCGCUACAAAGCCGCCUUCUACCGUGACAUCUUGGUACAGCUCUCUGAUGCCGGACCCAACCCCAACGUCAGCAUAGCUGCCCGAGAUAUCGUUCGUCGUUUCCGCACCAUCAACAGGUCGUUCGCUAUGCUCGAGCCCAUGGUUCAGAGCGUGAUCGGGGCCAAGUUUUAUUACUUUCUUAACUUCAUCCACGCCUUUGGGCUGUGUACGGACGUGGCGCAACUCCCGUUGGCGUAUCCGCUUGUGUCGAUUGCUAGGAUAUUGCUCGAGGAAACACAUAAUACUUGCUCGGCACCACACCCUCCGCCGGUAUUGCCGGGUGGGUUUGCCGAUGGUCGAGCCCCGGAGAUGGGGGGAGCUUACCGACGCCCGUCUUUUAGCUGCAAUGGUGUCGUCAAUGGUGGUGGUCGAGCCGCCGCCGCCGCCGCUGAACAGGAGGGUUUCGUGUCAGCUGCCGGGUAUGAUGCCGAUUACUACCUCCUGUCUCACCCAAACGUGAACGCGAACGUGAACAGCAGCAGCAGCAGUAGCAACAGUCAGCCGAGUCACCACCACUCAGACGCAUCCGCAUCCGCAUCCGCAUCCGCAUCCAGAAGGCUCAUGUUGGACAGCAGCAGCCAAGACUUUAAAGAAUCCGCCGAGCGGUUUCUAAACACGGUGCUGGAGCAGACGGUCAAAGAUUUGGGCGUGUCUCAGCAUCACAACAACAUGAACUCCUACAAGAACAAAAUCAUCAACAACACCUUCCCAAAAAGCUCCUCCAAGAGGCCAUAUCCCACCUAG